AUGGGUCUCAAGACCUCCUCUACCAUCCUCUGUCUCACCAUCUUACUCGGUGUCUCCUCCAUUGUAUCAGCGGUUAACAUAACCCGAGCACUCGAGAAAUACCCUGAAUUCAGCACCAUGACCGAGCUUUUAACCAAGACCGAGCUUACACCAAUUAUCAACAAACGUCAGACCAUCACCGUGCUGGCUCUUAGCAACGAUGCAAUCGCCUCAAUCUCUGGUAGACCCGAGGAGGAGCUCAAGAACAUUCUUAUGAACCAUGUGGUUCUUGACUACUUUGAUGAGCUCAAGCUCAAGGGUCUCAAGGACAGGAGCACAUUGCUCACUACUCUUUACCAGUCAACUGGUUUGGGCCAACAGCAAAACGGUUUCCUCAACUGCACCAAAGCUAACGGAAAGAUUUACUUUGGGUCUGGUGUGAAAGGCACUCCUCAAACCGCCGAAUACAUCACGACCGUUUUCCGUAACCCAUACAACCUCUCUGUGAUCCAGAUCAGCAUGCCCAUUGUGGCUCCUGGACUUGGGUCUCCAGUCAAGGUUCCUCCACCACCACCCAUGACUUCACCACCGGCUCCAUCUCCCAAGAAGGCUGCAGCCACUCCAGCUCCUGGACCAGCUGAGGAAGAUGAUUAUGCAGACGCUCCUCCUGGUGCGGCUCCAGAAACCGCACCAGCAUCAGCACCGUCAGAAGAUUCUCCUGCUCCUGCUCCAUCAAAUGCUGGUAAGAAGAAAAUGGCAGCAGCUGAUGAGGCUGAACCACCUUCUUCUGCAUCUAACGCCAGUUUAAGCUUUGGUGUUGUCAUUUUCCUCGGGUUUGUGGCUAGUUUUACUGGGUUCUAA